CUUUCGUGCUCCUCGCCCUAGCGAGAGAAUCGAUCUACAAUCCGGCCGCCCGCCCGCCCGCCGCCGCCUCCACCGAACCCCCUCAGAUCCAUGGCCGCCGCCAAUGCUCCCGCCGGAUCCGGCGGCGCCCUCCCCAAUUGGGUGAUGCUUGAGCGCUUCAUCUUCCGUAGGGACGACCCCCAGUCUUUCCGCGAGGACAAGAGGACCUCCGCGACCGGCGUGACCUCCGUCGGCGCUCACUUCCGCGUCUCCUUCAUCCUCGCCGAGCCCCCCACUCCCUCGCGCCUCUACCUCAGCUGGCCGGGAGGCCCCAAGCGGGAGAAGAUGUGCCAUCUCGCGGCGGCCCACCGCAACCUCGUCCUCCUCAGGCUGGACUCCUUCGUCGACCCCUCCAACCCGUCGCCGUUCGGCGAGAUCGCGCACGACUACUUCAUCUACUACGUCGCCGCCGAUCCCCGCUCGCAGGCGCAAUCCACGCCUGCUCUCAGACGGCUGCCAGGUUGCACCGUGCACAACGCGCAUUACGGAAGGCCGAUCCCGCGCCCGUUCGUGCCUUGGGGUGUUGGCCUGUUGUGCUGCGGCGAGGAGUUCGCCGUGGCGUAUCUGGGCGUAGGCUGGCGUGACCCGGAGACCGAGACGCUGGAGGUGGAGCUGUGGGUGCUCCGUUCGACCAUCAUUGGUGACUCUACUGAUGGUGAUGAGAAGUGGGAGGUCAUGUAUCUGCCGAUCCAGGGGCAGGAUGUUGAACACUCCAAUCUGCUCAACUUUACGACAAGCGAGGUGAUUCCCUUCAAGAAUGCACUCUGCUGGGUGGACUACGAUAGAGGUGUAUUGUACUGUGAGGACAUCUUUGGAGGCAACCCCAAGGCCACCUUCACCGGUUUUCCUCCGGAUGACUCCAGCUUCCAUCCUUCAGGCCCUUCAGGCCGCCCCGCCUUGUACCGCAGCUUGUGCGUCACCGAAGUGACGGAAACGCAGUCAGCCAAUAGUUUUGUUGUUCAAGCAGAUGACCUGUGGGCUACACACACCCCGGAGGAUCUCCCACGUGAGGUUAUGAUGCUCCCUUUGCUUAGUAUGGAUGAUAUCAGUGUUGCACACUUUGUAUUGUAUGAUUGGGUAGGCAGGUUUGGCAAGUUCUCGCUAGUUACCAUUGACCUGAGCACCAAGCGACUUAUUGGCUCGGUUGUUCCAUACGCCAAUGGGGAGGAAGAUCUUUCUACUGACAACGCUGAUUUGGUCAAGGCUAAACCAAGUUUCUUUAUGCACUUCCUUCCAGCAGAAUUCCCCAAGUUCCUGAAUCUCCAAAGGUAAUUACCACAUUGCCUUCCACUCUAACCUGCACACAAUAAUUGUUACUACAUGCAGUCUUUCCUUUCUGUUGUCCUUAGCUUUUGUCGAUCUUAUUCUUCAACCUUGGUGAAUCAGCACAUUCUGCUGAUUCCUUGGAGUAAUCUGGCCGAACUUGAUCUUUCAAUCUGAGGUGAAAUUUUUGAAUCCAUUUAGUCAGACAUGCAGGAUAGCCAGGAAAACAGAACUCUCACUGCUAGCACUGCCCAUGUGUUUUCUUCACUAUUUUGAUUCUGUCUGUCCAACUAUCGAAUGAUGAUUUAGUUCAGUUUUUAACAACAUGGGACCGCUUGUACUAGUUGGAUUCUGCCUGUCCAAUUAUUGAAUGAUUUAGCUCAGUUAUUUCCAACAAAAUGGAACCAUCCGAACUAGUUGUAAAAUUUAUUAUUUACUCAAGACGCUCAGAGCAUCAGCAUAUUUUCAUGACCUGCGUACAUUAUGUAUCGUCUAUUCAUUGAACCUCCCUCCUUUGGCAUUUAAUAGUCUGUAGACUGCACUGCAAUGAAGGUACUUGUGCGUCAUCUUUGUAUGUCGUCAACUCUUUUUUUUUUUUUAUCCUUCACUGGAUGUAACUGUAUCAUCAACUUGGCUUGCAUGCUUUUUAUGAUUGUAAAUGUGCAAGACAAAUUACUGUUCUUGCUGGCCGUAGCUUUUCAGAGGGGCUGAGUGUAGAAUCAGUUGACCUGGCCCCUGUUUUUGUCUCGACACUUUGUAUUCUUGUGCCCUCCGUAGGUGUUCUACAUGUAUGAAAGUGCUUUGUGAUGCUACAACAUGCUCUGAAUGUACGUAGAGUUGACUUCUGGCUUCUUUGAA